AUGAAGGUUAAGGGUUUGAAGUUUAUCAUCUCAUUCGGUACAUCACAACCAUUAGUGAUGAAUUUCAUUACUAUUAUCAAUCUUAACUUUACAGAGGAUAAGCGAUUGUUGGUGAAGUGGAAAGUGUCGCUAAAGGAGGAGAAUGGUAGUGAAGUAAGGGACAACCUUACUUAUGGAAACAUUGGAAUGAUCUUUGAAUGUUCUUGUUGGACUCUUUGCCAAAGUAAUGGAGGGUGUUCUUACAGUUCUAACAAUCUUCGUUCAAGUACUUGUGUUGCAGGGGUAGCACAUGAAACAUUUUCCUCAAAUCAAUCUCAAAGGAAACCAACGGAACCAGGUAACCAUAAGCUUUUGAGGAUGGAACUCUACGGCGUUGAACAACCAUUUUUAUAUCAUGUUGUAAUCAAUCAUUGAAAUAUGUAACACUUGAAACCAUGUAACCCU